AUGGACAAAUCACUCAUCAAGGCUAAAUUCUACAGCCUUGUCCAAGCGGGGCUGGUGUUUUACGACCAAGAGCAAAAGACCGUCGAAUACUUGGAUAGAGGAUUGAAGUUUCAGUUCCUUCUUACUUCAGCUCUGGCAAACAAACCGACGUUCCAAACAGCUGGAGCGCAGUCACAGCAAAAUAACGAAUCGCCCCAGCAGAAUCGAGACGGGAGUGAUAUCAACACCGCAGGUUAUGAGAUAUGUGAUGUUGGGAGCACGCAUGUCCUGGUCGCCAACAAAUUCUGCUUCGCUAGCCCUCAUCUGAUGCUUCUGACUUCAGACAGCCACCAAAUGCAAUACGAAACUUUGAACAGAGACGAUAUCACAGCGGCAUGGAGUGUUUUGAGUACGAUGGGUGAAGACUAUGUCGCGUUUUUCAACUGUGGACGAGAUGGAGGAUGCAGUCGACUGCACAAGCAUAUGCAGCUAAUUCCGAAUCCGAGCAACAGCUUUGCAUCUUUCCUCGAUUCUGAUGAUCAGAGGGAGCCUGAUGUCCCAUUUCAAUGGUUCUAUCAUCGCUUUGGAUACUCGAAACAUGGCGUAGAUGACCUGGUUAACAUUUACAACGACCUACUUAGAAAGGCCACAGAAGUUGGCGAAGGACGAUCUGAGCAUGCUAGCAGCUUACCUCCUCGUGCUGCAAUCCCGCACAAUUUCUUACUCACGCAAAGAUGGAUGAUUGUACUCCCAAGGCGAAGAGCGGCUAUCAACAAAAAGGCUGGGGCGAAUGCUAUUGGGAUGAUGGGUGUUAUCGCUGUUGCAACCCAAGAUGAGAUUGACAACUGGCUCAGAAUUGGACCAGCCACAGCUCUCGCAGAGCUUGGCGUUCCAAAGUAG